UUCUAUCUAUCGAUCGAUUGAUCGGGGGUGUUUUAAGACUGGGAAUAACAACAGCACCGUAUUCUCAGCAAUAGCGUCGUCGAAACGCUACCUUUCUCAGUACUCGAACGCACUCCGGAUACGUAAGAGAGCUUGAAAUCUAAUGGCAGAUAAACCCCAACCAGUCCGAGUACUGUAUUGUCAAGUUUGCAGUUUACCGGCAGAGUACUGUGAAUUCGGUCCCGAUUUCGAGAAAUGCAAACCGUGGCUGAUCCAGAAUGCUCCUGACCUUUAUCCUGAUCUCAUCAAAGAGGCAAAUGCUAAGGAAGCUGAUAAAGUCGCGGAUCAGUUACAAUUCACCGGAAUCUCAUCUAGCGGCGGUGACGGUUCUACUUCUUCAGGGGGUACUUCUGCACCUAAGGAAGAAGUGAAGCGUCUUCCUGGUGGGAAGAUAAAGAAGAAAGAGAAGCAAGAGGUUGUUAUUGAAAAGGUCACACGUAACAAGCGAAAAUGUAUCACCACUGUAAAAGGGCUGGAGCUUUUUGGUGUUAAACUUAGUGAUGCAUCAAAGAAGCUUGGGAAAAAGUUCGCUACUGGAGCCUCUGUUGUUAAGGGUCCUACUGAGAAGGAGCAGAUUGAUGUGCAAGGAGACAUAUCCUUUGACAUUGUGGACUUUAUUACAGAGACCUGGCCUGAUGUUCCAGAAACUGCAAUUUAUUUUAUUGAAGAUGGUAAAAAGGUUCCAGCUGUUUGAUUCUGGAUCAUGAGCGCACAAGUGACAUGGAGUGUGGUGUCUCUCUUGGCAUGAUACUUCUGAACUUAAUGCAGUCUUAAGAAGGAGAAGGAAUUGCUCAACAAAAUCUAAUCAGCAGUGAAACAAUUUGUCACUCUUUGAGCUCUUUGCAUUCGAUAGUAGCUUUUGUUUUUGCGGUUGGAAGUGGUUCACAAUUAAUGGCUGUAAUUUGUAUAGGGGCGGUUCAUUGUCUAUUGCGUGCUUUCCUCUUCCUUUUUAAGCUGCUGAGUUGAACUCUCUAUGAGUAACAGGCUUAUUAAGUAGCGAGACAUUGUAGUUUAUCCUGGUGAUCUAGCUGCUGCUGCUGGGAAUUUUAUGCUUUUAUGCCUGCGCCAUGUGUGGGCAAUGAGUUAUAUGAUUCACAUGUUUUUAAAUUUUCCUAUAAAAAUGAAGGCUCCAAUUCAGUA